AUGCCUUCUAAGAACUCUAUCAAUAGACCAAAACUUACAGUAAACGUUGCACGUAAGACCCAGUCUCUUGCGCAUAAGAGAGACCAACGUGAAAGAGCUGGUCUCUUGAAGCCUGCCAGGUCAAGCGAAAAGUCCAAAUCUGGUCAGAUCAAAUCGGUGCCAUUGGAUCUAUAUUUCCAGGAGAAGGAGGGCAAAGUCAGUGGUAAUGGUCUUACUACCAAGACUCUAUCUAAAAAGAGAGCCAAGAAGAUCGAAAGAAACAUCAAAUAUGCAGAACAAAGAAAACUUUUGGCAGAGUUGCAGGAUAAAGUGGUAAAUGAAGACGGUAUGGAGGUAGACUUGCCAGCUAAGACUAAGAAGAAGGAGGAAAAGAAGAGCACCCUGAAAGAUGCCCUAUGGAAAAUUCUUGACGAUACUUCGUCCCAAGGUCUAGUGAUAAGCAAUGGUCAGGGAACCACCCUGGGUGGACCUGUGUCUUCCUAA